AUGCCGCCACCGGCGCUCGAGAGUCGAGGCGCUACGCUUCCAGAUGGAUCCCCCGUCCGCUCGGAAACCGAAUGGGAGCUGCGAGAGAUGGCGGACGAGGACCGGAACGCAACGGCGGUCUUGACAGUCAGACAGGCAUCCGAAGAGGUGCCCGCCCAAGCGGCACCCUUGCUCCAUGCAUUCUCCGACCUCACAGCUGCUCAAGGCUGGAGUAACGUCAAGGUCCAGACGUUCUCCACCAACCGGUCGGAUCCUUCCCGGCUAGCCAUCCUCCGCGGAACGCCCCCUUCUUCCGAAGUCGGGCGGAUAGUAUAUCCGAUGUCAUUACAUCAACCCACCAAUUUCCAAACAUUAUCAGAACUUUUCCCGUCAUUCGGGUUAGGUGCGGGGUCGAAAGUGUUACUAGCAAUAGUCUCGAGCGAUUCGUCGAUAGUGUAUUAUGAGCUCAGCCAAGGAAUUGUCUCGCCCAAAGAGGUGCCCGAGUAA